AUGGCCGAGAAGCAGGAAGAAGAGGACGUUCCGAUCUCUUUACAAGGCUUGACAUGUCCACUGUGUCUUGGUAUCUUCGACGAUGCAACCCUCUUGACCUCUUGUGGACAUACCUUCUGUCGACCCUGUCUCAGGAAAUAUGACCUAUCCCACCAGGAUCUUGAUCACAUGGUCUGCCCUCUCUGCAGGACAGUGACGAAGUUGUCCUCAAACCGGGUCGACGAUCUCCUCCCCAAUGUAACGGUCAACGGACUCGUGGACGACCACCGUGCCAGGCCUGGAGGGGGCAGUGCGAUACUGGAGAUGCGGCAAAAGUGCACUGUCUGCAACCUCCAGGUAGAGGCCAUCGCUUUCUGCAGUACAUGCGAUGCAUACAUGUGUGAUCAAUGCUGCGUUGGCCACAAACAACAGAAGCUGUUAUUCGAAGGUCAUGAGAUCGUAUCUAUCCAGGAUAACGUUCAGGGAAAUUCUAAACCUGGUAGUCGCUCCGAGAAAUGUUCCGUCCACAGACAAGAGAACAAAAAUACUUUCUGUCAGGAUUGUAAGAUACGCGUCUGUUUCAAGUGCGUCAUCGUCGAUCAUCGAGAUCACAAGAUACAAUCACAUCAGGACUUCGAAAAGGAAAUGCAGGUUAAGGUGAGUGAUCUUCUCCAUCGUUGUGAAACAAAGAAAUCAGAACUGGAGAAGAACAUUCAGACUGUGGAGACACAUCGUCAUGAAGCACACACUGCUCUUCAGCUACUACGUGAAGAUGUCAGCCAAGCCUGUCGUACCAAGGUCAAGCAACUAGAAGAUAACCGACGUGUACUCGAUGAGCAAAUCGAUGCUCUGGAGCGUAGUUUUGAUGAAGCCCUCAACGUGGUCAAAUCGAAUGAUGAACAGAUGAUCAAGAGCAUUUGUAGUUCGGUAGAUCUUGUGGGUAAUGCUAGACUUGGAUGUCUUGAGGCGGACGGUCUGGUUGCUCACACAUUCCUUUGCGAAGAGAUCGAUGGCUUGGUAAAGGAGGUUCUUGAUCAAACUUCCGUAGCAUCCAUAAUGGAGAAGGCACAUAAGCAGAGAUUCAAGCCUGCAGAUGACACCAGUCUUGACCUUGGGGAUAUCUCAGAAACAGAGACUGAGGCUGUAUUGGAUGACAUGCUGAAGGGCGCUUCCGAUGACACUUCUGCAGCAACCAUAGGGGAGGAAGCCCAGAAGAAGAGGGCCCAGUUUGCGGAUGAGGACUUCACGACAGGGCUAUCCGUUCCCGAACCACCGUCCAAAAGUCAAUCGAAACUCUGUGUCAUUAAAUGUGUAGAUCUACGUGAUAAUUUCAAAGGGAUGACAAAAUACACCAAUAACUCAGUGGCAAUCACAUAUCAUAAAGCACAUGCCAUUCAUAUCUUUAAUUCAGAUGAAGAUUUACCGUGGACUUAUUCCAACAUUCCAAACGGUAUGAAAUGUAUUGAUCUUGCGUUUCAAAGUGACAUGACUCUAUGCGUAUCUACAGGUCAUACAAAGGUACACAGGUAUGGCCCCAAUGGCGUUCGGGAAUCUACUACCGAAGUGACAAGCAAUGGAUUUUAUUUGCGGUUGAGUAGGAGUCAAUCAGAUGAAAUUCUCAUAACCCAACAUUCAAAACAUGUCUCGAUCUACGACCCCUCGGGAAACACACUCAAACACGAUGUGCACACAAGACACAAUCACACUAACCAUGCAUCUGCGACCAAGUUGGGUUUGAUCGUCACAAGUUCUUGUUACAGCAAACAACGUGACAAUCCAAGGAUAGUGAGGGUCUAUGACAGGGAUGGGAAUUCCGGGAGGUAUCUAGAAACUCCACUUGGGGUCCACCUGUAUCCCGCCGUGGACGAGCAGGACAGGGUAUAUGUAGCGAAUGUUGAUCACAAUACCGGACACGUGCUGAUCAGGCUCUAUGACCUUGAUGCAUUAGACGAUACCAGGGAUUGCUCUUUCGGGGGUCUGGAGUAG